CAAAAACCGAAAUAUGUAUUUCAUAGCUACAUUAAUUAAUAUAAAUAAAUGAUCAAACAAGUCGAGUCCACAGGUGGGGACACUCUCAAGUUAUAAAAGUAUUCUUGUAAUACCGGCGCGAGCUUUAUUUUCUAUUUUACUACAACAUUCUGUCUCAGCAGGACUUUGUGCUUGUGCAAGUGGAAAUAUUGCAGAUUCUGCUAAUUCGUAACUGGUUACGGUGAUUAGGUGAUUUAUUGUAACGCAUAUAUUUUUGCUUCUUUGUGGAACAGUAUAGUACUAUUAGGUCAGUUUUUGUGUAUUUUUUAACGAGAGUUUUAAUAUUGUUUUUUUGAAUAAGAAAAUGGCUCAAAUAAUACACCAUAUUUAUGACAGCUAUAGGGACUUAAUGGAUAAUAAGAGUGAUCAACGAGUAAAAGACUGGUUCUUGAUGAGUUCGCCACUGCCAACGUUAUGCAUAUGCUUAUCUUACGUUUUUGUGGUUAAGGUCUUAGGUCCUAAGCUCAUGGAAAAUAGAAAACCCUUUGAGUUGAAGAAAAUUCUCAUAUACUAUAACUUGUUCCAAGUUAUAUUUAGUUCGUGGCUGUUUUAUGAGGCCUCGGUAUCAGGAUGGCUUAAUCAUUACAGCUUGAAAUGUCAGCCUGUGGACUAUUCCACGAAUCCAUUGGCAAUGAGGAUGGUUCGAGGAUGUUGGUGGUACUAUUUUUCAAAGUUUACAGAGUUCUUUGAUACGAUAUUUUUUGUAAUGAGAAAAAAAUUUGAUCACGUAUCGACGCUUCAUGUAAUCCACCAUGGCAUUAUGCCGAUGUCAGUCUGGUUUGGAGUUAAAUUUACACCAGGAGGCCACUCUACUUUCUUUGGUUUUCUAAACACUUUUGUGCACAUCAUUAUGUACACGUAUUAUCUGAUCGCAGCCCUCGGACCACAGUAUCAGAAAUUCUUGUGGUGGAAGAAAUAUGUGACCACUAUACAGAUGAUCCAAUUUGUUCUUGUGAUGGUGCACGCGUUCCAACUUCUGUUCAUAGAUUGCGAUUAUCCCAAGGCAUUUGUUUGGUGGAUAGGAUUGCACGCAGUAAUGUUCUAUUUCCUCUUCUCAAAAUUCUAUAAGCGUACAUACAAGGGCAAAAAGGAAAAAUGCGAGACUAAUGGAACAUAUUACGAAGGCAAAAACAUGACAAAUGGUUCAGCUAGAAGUUCGAAACCAGGCAUAUGUUUUACUACCCAGUCAGCUCUCUACGAAGACGAAGAUGUUAAACAGAUGUCCAAUAGUUACACGACGUCAGAAAACUCAAAACUGAAAAACCGAGCGUUCGUGGACCGGCAACUCAAGACAAAAUAGUGAUUUAGUUAUUAGAUAAAUUAGUUAUUAUUAAAUUUCAAGCAGCUGAGAUUUGUAUGUAAAAAAGGUAAUUUUUGACUUUUUUUGGUCAAGUCAAUUUUAAUAUAACAGCCCAGUCUCAGCAAUGGUAAUGUACAUAUACAAUUUUAAUGUCUAUAAUUUAGCCAGUACGGUAUACAACAAAUAAGUACAAUAAACUUAAACCAUGGAUGCCUUAACAACAGUUUUAGGGGCAACAGAGCAUGUUUACGAAAUUGCUACAAUUUCGCGACCUAGUCAGUCUUCCUUUAAUUGCGCAUGAUUUUCACGGUAUUCGCGCAUGUUCCAACGUUGUAGGACAAAUGUCAGUUGACCAGUGACAUGCGCAAUGGAAGGACUGCUAUGUUUUUCAUCGGCUCAAUAGUCUUGUCUGGAUUUACUGGGAACCUUCUGUCAGAAGGAAACAUGCUCAAAUUUAUAUUGUUAGUAGUCUAUUCCAUAAUUGUACAUCUAUGUUUAUUUAAGCGGGUAAAUGUAUAAUUAAAUUAUAUGAUUAAACUCUAAGUAAAUAGGUACAGGGUUGGGGACAAACUUUAUUACAUAAAUGUGUGGAAUAUGUAUAUGUAGAUAAGGCAUUAAUUCACCUAUUGCUUGUACAUAGAUUCAGUGCUUAGAAAUCAUUCGUAUCUCAAGGCGCAUAUGCCGACACGUGUACAAUAAUUAAUUUGAUCAAUGACGUAUUCUUUGACUCUUCUUUAACAAUUUUUGCAUUGUCAAAUAUAAAACUAUGUAUACCUUAAUAUUUAUAAAAAUAAAUUUAUUUAUAGGUAUUUACACUGGUUAUAAGACAAAUACAAUAGAAUUUAUAAGGAUA